CUAUUGUCUCCCGAGGGCGUUGGUGCUGGGAGACACCACCGAACAUCACCCCUGUGGCGGAGCGCAGGGACGGUCCCAGGCAGCCCGGCUGCUUCCCUGGGCUUUUUUCCAUUGUCACCGUCCCCUCAGCAGGCAGAGGACGGCACGGUCCCCCCGGCUACAGGGACCUGGACUGCUGCAGUGGUGGCCCUGCCGGCCUGCCCUGCCCGCUGCUCGUGGCUGCUCUGGGUCCAGCCGUGCAGCUGAUGUCUGCUUGGCAUCGCGCCUGUCCCUGGGAGUGCCCGUGUCAGGUGGAAACCCCCCCUUCGCUGCCAACACCUGGGGAGUAAAAGGACCCACCUGGAUGCUCCUUCUCUGCUGGGCAAAGGAGACCUGGAAAGCCCGGUGCUGGGGCCGUGGGGAGUGCUCGGAGUAGUGCCUGCGGGGGGGCAUCAGCUCCCAUCCACCCGGACAUGGCCGGGCAGAGAGGGGUGCUGCCCCUGCCCCUGCUGCUGCUGAGCCUUGCCAGCCUCGUCGUGCCACACCUCACGCUGGGGAACACUGUCACAGAUGUGACAGUCACCGUGUCCACGACUCUCCCUACGUCCCCAAUACCUAUGGAGACCUCGGCACUGCUGCCCACCACUGACUCCACCACUGCAGCCAACCUCCAUCCCUCCAGCCCUGAAACGGGAGCCUCCACCCCAGAGAGGUCCAGCACAUCCCCAGGGACCAGCAGCACCUCACCUCCCACUGCGCCUCCUCCCACCACACCAGCACCAACAGCCACUUCGGACGAGCCCUUGGCAACCCUGGCAGCCACCACAGCCACCCCUGUUAUCAGCACGGAGGUGCCCAGGAGCACCCCCACUCCCAGCCAGCCAGCUGGGACCACGUCCAGGACCACCCCUGGCAUCUCCACUCCGACCAUGGGGCCAACCCCAGGCACCCUGACAGUAUCUGUGAACCCCAUUGCAGCCACAGGCAUGGAGUCCUCUUCCCCCGACACCGACUCAACCCAGACCCCAGAGAUUACCCUCAGCACCCCUGCAGACCUGCCAACCACGCUGCCCGUCUGCCCCAACACCACGUCCAACACCAGUGCAUCUCACCUCUUUCUGUCACUGCGCCUAACUGUCCCGCUGGACCUGGGGAACACCAUGGUGCAGGAGCUGGUGUUGUCCAAGCUCCGUGGGGACCUGCAGAUGGCAUUCCCGUGCGCUGGCCUGGCGGUGGAGUGGCGAGGGAAGAGGAGGACCUGACGGCUGCUCCUUGCCCAGCUGGCACCCACGUGGACUGGCAAGCCUUCUGCUCCCAGCUCCUUACUCCACGACAGAGCAGCCCUUUGGGGUAACCUGUACAGCUCCCCUUGAACCUGGGACCCCCCCAUCCUUCACUGCACACCCCCAGAGGACCCCCAGUGCCCCCCGUGGGCUGGGGUGCCCCUGCCCCUUCCCGCAGCCUGUCUGUAGAGCCUGAGCCCUCCCACCACCCUGCACCAGACCUGGCUCCCAUGGUGGGACCCCCCAGUACUGCUGGGGGGCUGGGAGGAGGGGACCCUGCAGGGGCUGGACUUUUACAGCUGGGGCUGAGCUGGCUUAGCCACAAAAGCAACCCUGGGGACUGGUGGAUGAGAGAAAGGAGACCUGGAGCCCCCGGUACCGCUGUGCCCAGGGCACUCGGGGGCUCAGUGCUGGUGACUUCUGAGGUUUGCAACCUGGAGAGGCUGCGGUGCCCAAGGUCUUCAAGAGAUGCUCCAUGGCUGCUUCACAUCCAGAGUGGGCCAAGAUGGAGCCUGGGGUGGCUCUGGGAAGGAGGCAGGAGAGGAAACCUCCCCCCUCUCCCACCCAAGCCCCAUCCUGGGGCCAGUGGUACACCAUCUCUCCCUGGCUCGCCUGUGGUAGCACUGACAGAGAAGCACACCCAUGCCAACGAAGGCCGGGCAGUAAAGGGAAAUCCCACGU